UUAUGCCAUCUUCAGAAUUGUAUUGAUAGGAGACACUCUGUCGAGUUCCAGUGGAUUCCUGGACACUGCAAGAUACCUGGAAAUGAAACUGCGGAUGGUGCUGCGACUUCCGCCCAUACCUUAUUCCCCAACGUCGAAAUACCCUACUCCAGAAGCGACGUCACUUCAUUGAUAAAUCUCCAAAUAUCUCAUUUAUUAUGUGAAUGUGCACUUUACGAUGCAGAAAGAGAACUCCUAAAAAGGAUUCUUUCACAGCUAGAUGAC